CCGCCUCUGUGCAGCCUCCAUGGCACCCCACGCAGCUGUGCUACUGGGCCUCAGCCUGCUGACUCUCUGGACCUCCCCUGCUCUGGGUGGUGCCAACGAUGCUGAAGACUGCUGCCUGACUGUGAACCAGCGCCCCAUCCCUGGGAACAUCGUGCGAGCCUUUCGCUACCUCCUCCUCAAGGAUGGCUGCAGAGUGCCUGCCAUUGUGUUCACCACAGUGAGAGGUCGCCAGCUCUGUGCCCCCCUAGACCAGCCCUGGGUGGAGCGCAUCAUCCGGAGACUGCAGAAGAACUCUGUAAAGGCAAGCCUGACCCUCCCCAGUCCUGCCUCCUCCCUUGAGCCCCUGCCCAAGACCCCAGCCCAUGACCUUGUCUCUCCUUCCUCCUCCAGAGCAAGCGCCACAGCAGUUAGCCCAUGACAGUCCCGGAGGAGGCCCUGUGUCUGAGUGAAGGGAUGUGAAUCACUGUGGCCCCGGGGAAGCCAGGACCAGAAGGAGCUAUCAGGCCUCCAGCUCCCCUGCACCAGACCUGAACCAGCUGGGUUGUCAGUGUGAGUGCGAGUGAGAGUAAGGAGGUGAGGGGCAGGAGCACAGCUCCUCCUCGCCCAGACUGCAAUGCUUCCAAUAAAGGCCACUGGCACCCA